UAUCUAUUCUUCUAAAGUGCUUUUUAUCAUCAUCUUCAUCUUCUUCUUUGUUUCAGUUCAGAUUACAGACAUUUUAGAUCCGAGAAAAAAACAUGAGUAUGUACGGUCGGGAUCCAUGGGGAGGAUCUCUAGAAAUACACGCCGCCGAUUCAGCCACCGACGAUGACCGGAGUCGUAAUUUACACGACUACGAUAGGGCGGCGCUUUCCCGUCAGCUUGACGAAACGCAACAGAGCUGGCUUUUAGGUCCCAGCGAGCAGAAGAAGAAGAAGAAAUACGUAGAUCUCGGCUGUAUCAUCGUCAGCCGCAAGAUCUUUCUCUGGACUGUUGGAUCGAUCCUCGCCGCAGCUUUCCUCGCCGGUUUAAUCAUUCUCAUCGUCAAAACAGUACCUCGACAUCAUCAUCCUAAACCGCCGCCUGAUAACUAUACCCUUGCCUUACACAAAGCCUUGAUGUUCUUCAAUGCUCAAAAAUCUGGGAAACUUCCUAAGCAUAAUAAUGUUUCAUGGAGAGGAAAUUCAUGUUUGAAUGAUGGAAAAUCUGAUUCGAAGAAUCUGGUUGGUGGAAAUUCAUGUUUAAAUAAUGUUUUGCAUGACAUGAAAUAA